AUGUCUCAGCUGGCCCUCCUUCGAACCAUCUCAGCGGUGAACGCCGAGCCCCACGACGCGAACAUACGCGGGGCGAUCUGCGCGGAGCGCGCGGCGCUCUGCCAGUUCCAGCGUGACGAGGCUGGGUGCGGCGCCAAGAUCUGCCGCGUGGCCAUCGACGGCAUGGGCCCUGAGAAGGCGAUCGAGUUCAAGGCGAACCUGUGCAUACUGACCGCAGACGGCUUCAUGCAGUACCUGAAGUCCCCCAGCCGGCUCCGGCCCCAGCCGAUUUUCCCCGGGCCCUGCUGCCGGGAGUUCCUGGUGGCCACCUGCGCCCCCGAGACGGAGGUGGUCGUCUCCGGCAGCGCCGAGCCGGAGGCCCUCGUCACCGAGCCGCUGCGCGAGCUGCUGCCGCUCCCCUCGGCAUACUGCAGGAGGGGCCAGGACGUGAUGAAGGCCCUGGGGGAGUCCCUGGAGGCGAAGGUGGGGCCACCGGCCGAGCCCCGCUUCGCCGCGGCCUACGCUGCCGCGCUGGCCUGCGCCCGGCGGCAGGGACAGCAGAAGGCCAUCUUCCCCGUGCUCUUCGCCGCGGCGGCGCGGUGGCCCAGCGGGCGCACCCAUUACCAGCCUGGAACAUAUCCCUAUCCCUAUGCUGGGCACCUCCCCAUCACGAUGCCAAUCUCAGGGAUUCCCUUAUUUUUUGAUGGCGCAUCCUUAGGAUUGUCAUCGCCUUUUGGCGUGUCAAUCUUAGGGAUAGGGAUACGUUCGAGGCUGGUAACCCAUGCCGUCGCCGAGCUCAAGGGCAUGGAGUACGGCUGCACGGUGGAUGCCGUGUCGCUGCUCCUGCCGGAGCUGCUCAGGGCCCGCGCCGAGUCCGGCGAGUUCCCCGACUGCGUCCUCCAGGUGGACCAGUACGGAGUUGCACAUGCGCCCUUCGCAUCGGCCCGGUCGCUGCUCGUAGAGCACGGGUUGGGUGACGUGACGGUGAUGGCGCACACUGCGGAUGGCGUCUGGGCCGAGCCUAUCACUGCUCGCGCAUCUAUGCCACAUGCCAAUUAUACAGAGAUGGAAAUGUAG